GCUUCAAAGGCAUUCUGGAAAACUUCAAGCUCUGCUGUGGAAGCCAAGCAGAGAUUACUGAGUAUAAAGGUUAUCAAGAUUCAACUUUCUUAUAGCUGUUCAGCUUUUUAUAUGGAGUGUAGUGGAAUAAUAGCUAAGGUGGAAGGCGAGAGGAAGGAUUGGAUUGAAAAGUUGCCAUGUUCUGUUCUGUCAUACAUACUUUCAUUUUUAACAAUAAAAGAUGCAGUGGGUACUUGCAUGAUAUCCCGUCAGUGGAGGCACCUUUGGAAGCAUCCCAUACUAACAAGGACUAAUCUUGAAUUUGACAUUCCAAAUGUUUUUGGAGGCAAACGUACUCAACACAUUGAAGAACUUGAAGAAGACAAUAAUAGGCUUGAGUAUUAUUUUCAUCAAUUUGAGAGAGAAUUCUUUGUAAGAUGGGUGAAUGAAUUUUUGCUGCUCUACCGGGGUAAGGAGGUAGACUCUUUCAAAGUGGCAUUUUUUCUUGAUGCAGAAUCUACAGCUGUCCUUGAUAAAUGGGUUCAUUUCGCAAUCAAAAAGGGAGCUGAAAUACUCAAUCUUAAAUUAUUACGCCGAGGUGGCACUUUGGAUACAGAGAAUGUUUAUGUUUUUCCUCACUGGUUACUUUCAGAAUUGAAGGCAUCGACUCUUAAGCAUCUGUCACUGCAGAGAUGUGUCCUAAAACCUCCUCCUGACUUCGACAGAUUUAUUCAGCUAACAACUCUUUGUCUAAAUAAGGCUAUUGUCGAUCCGGUUUUUUUGGCACAUCUGUUCUCUGUUUGUUUGCUGCUCGAAAGCUUGACCUUGAGGUAUUGCAGACUGGGCUCAUAUCUGACUAUUGGUCCAUCACUUCGUCUGAAUGAUCUGAAAGUGCUUCUGUGUGUCAAUCUAGAAAGAAUUGAGAUUGAUGCAGUAAAUCUUUCUUCUUUAGAAUAUUCUGGAAAUCAUUUGCAAAUUUCUUGCAUGAGAAUACCACGGUUAGUCAGAUAUUUUUUUUCGGGAUCAUCUAAAGGUGCAUUACCCUAUGCGCUAACCCUACUCGCCUCUUGUCCUGGGCUUGAGACUCUUCAUUUUCAGAUCUGGAAUAAUCUGGAAGCUAUUCCCCAAACUGUUUCAACGUUUAGAAACCUGAAACAAGUGAACUUGGAUCUUUUUAUGCCAAACUUUGACCUUUGGAGUAUUCUGAAUUUUCUCAAGGCUGCACCUCUUUUGGAAGAGUUUAUAGUAACGGUACAACCAUCAAACUAUCAAGGAGACGCAAGGAAUCUUCCUGAAUUCUCACAUGAUCAUUUGAGAAUAUUUAAGAUGCAAGGGUUCCAGGGUAAGUGGAUCGAGAUAGAGUUUGCGAUUUGCAUUCUAAGAAUUGCGACAAAGCUUGAGCUAUUGGUGAUCGAUCCACUAGGAAAAUAUUAUAAUGGUGGUGGAAUGUGGUCCAAAGUCAGCUGUUAUUAUGUAGAGGGGAACGAGAAUGAGGUCAUUGAUGAGCACGAAGAGGAUGGUGUGGAUUGGCAUGAUGUGAAUUUACAGUAUUUAUGUUGGAAACAAAGAGCUAGUUUAGUUGUCCGAGAAAGGCUGAAAGAAGUAAUGACUGAUGCUCAAGUUAUAAUCCUAUAAUAGUUGUACUUUGUAUCACAAGCGCAGGUACUUAGAAUAAAUGAACUGACCUGUAAUGGUUGUUAUUUUUAGCAUAUGCCUUUGUAGGUAGUUCGUAUGGAUCAAAUGAUCUGGUAAGAUAUGUACACAGCAGUUCCUGGUUUUAGUUGGACUAGGCUGUAGAAUUUUGGUUUGUAUGCACCUCAGUUGCUCUAAAUGUGGAAGAUAUAUGUAGCAUUGCCCUUAUAUUUUUGAUACAAAGCUCAUGUAUUUUAAAACAUUGUUAAAUUGAAAUUGAAGAUUCAGCGUA